AUGCCACCCCGAACGCUGCUCACCCUCCUAGCCGCCGCCAGCGUGCACGUGCACGGCGCCUCCAUCCUCAGCUGCGCCGACGUCGACUGCCCCAUCACCGAGGGCACCACGUCGGCGACCUGCACCGUCGCCGACCGCACCUUCAACGCCGUCGGCCUGACCAGCCUCGACGCGGGCGGCAACGACCGGCUGCGCGGCCUGUCGUGGGUCAAGGCCGUCGGCGCGCAGGACCACCCCGAGAACAGGACGCGCGUGUUCGACCCAGAGCUUCUAUCUCGGCACGCCGGGAUGAGUUUGACUUUGAGGAUACCGGAGGCGUGUGCGGUUUUUUUUACGCAGGUGUCGGAUGGGGUAAGGUUUGGGGAAGGGGAUCAAGGGAUUGCGCAGGGGACUUGUGGGGAUGCGCUGGGUGAUGCUUUUGCGGUGGGAGCCCAGUGGACGGGGAUUGAGGCGAGGCCCAUUAAUGGCGACGGCGCCCCUGAGGAGAUCGAAGACCGCCAGAACCGUACUACCAACUGCUGGCCGGUUCUCCCCAAGACCGACGACCUGACGCUGGUGCAGUCCGUUAUGACCCUUGGCGACUUCGACGCUUCGGUGCUGGUCGACAAUUUCUUCGGCAUCACCCCCAUCCUGACUGUCUUCUUCCCCGAGAACGACAAUGACGACGGCGACGACACCGACUCUGACAACUUGGUCACCCAGACCGUCGCGCAGCUGACGUGCAUCAAAGCCAUUGACAUGACCACCGCCAGCAACGAGACGCAGAGCCCGGGUGGCAACGAGAACGGCAAUGGCGGCAACGGCGGCAAUGGCGGCAACGGCGGUAACGGUGAUGAUGGCAACGCCGCUGGCCGGAUGGUGGCGAGCGGCUCCCUUGCAGCUUUGGGCGGCUUGUUGUCGGCGGCCUUGGUACUGCUGGCUUAG